GCCAUGCAGAGUCGAGCGUGCUGGCUCAAGUCCUCUGCUCGUCCAGCAUCUCUACCUGCUCUGCUGGCAGCAUCGCCUCUCCUCCAGCCAUCUUCUACGGUCCAUCGCGCGAGAACAUGUCCUUUUGACCGGCCAGCUCUCCACCCCGCUGAAGUAGGACGAUCAUUGCGUCGGCAACGGGCAACGGCAGUAUAAUGAACACGUACAUGGCUCUGUGCUCUCCGGCUGACGACAACUUCCUCGCGACGCGCCACAGUGAUAUUCUCUCCCCACCAGCAAAUCCAUCUUCAACGGUGGACAUCUCGCCCACUUUAUUGUGGGACACAUCGCAGGAUCUACGCGCUUCCUCCACCAUAUCACCGUGCUUUGUACGUGGCCGUUACUCCUCGCCACGCCGUGUUGUCUCGCAGCCAGUGAACGUACCGUCAGACGCCGGACAACACGCUUUAUUCCAUCCAUUCCCUUCUCCACCGCUGACGGACGCUUCGCUGCGCUCGACUGUCCCGCUUCCGGAUAUCACUCAAGGCCUCCCGACAGACUACUUCUCGCGCGACACUUGUAAUCGGUCUCAGGGUAACAUGUCGCGCGACGCGUUCGGCUUUCGUGCGCCAUUAUCACCUCCGCCCACUCACCUUCUAGGCACUUCAGAGCUCCCUCCCAUUGACUCGGACGCUGCUCUCGCGCUCGAUGGCUACGAAUCAGGUUCCCCGCUUCCUCUGGAAGGCGGGGAUGCCGGCCCAUCAAGAUGCGCCACAACAGGAUGGACUUUCGCGGAUAAAGAACAUGACUGUCUUGCUGCCUAUGGUCAGUCGUCGAUCUCUCAUCCCCAAGUACCCACCUCGCGGGGAUGGAGUUUCGAAGGCUCGUGGACUGACUUGAAUGCGGUCCCUACGGAUCUGACCGUGGCUCCCCAUACACUACCGUCGCGUGGCGAUUCUGGCUUCGAGGAAUGUCUCCCGCAGCACAAAUCCAGCGUAGGUAGCCUUCCGAGCCUAUCGGAGGAGUCUGACGGUGGAUUCACGAAGAUCGAGCCGACCGCUUUCUGGGCGCCACACUCCCCGCUCAGCAUGCACCUAGAGUUGGACGAUCAUGCUCCACACAAUCCCGCUCUUUUAGGGACUGAGUACCACCACGGCUCUGCUUUGGGGAUACCGCCCAUACGGUCCUUCCGGAGUCACAGCACGCCUAGUUGGAGCAGUCAUGACUGGUCUUCCAGCAGUGACCGCGACGAUGACUUUUCCCCUCCAUCGUCACCGAGACCAAGGUCCCUCUCGUUGGACUUGCCAGACUUAGAUGAUUUCUCUUCGUCUCAACAUUACGGAUUCGAUGCUUCCGACCUCCCCAAAGAGCGUCCGGCUUUGCUCGGCCUUGAUGGACUUGAUUCUCGACAGCCGGCGCCUUGGCCUCUGCAGGACGGCAAUGAUCACGAAGACACGAGUUAUCGCGAAACAGAUAUAAUGAACAUCGACGGCGAUCCUCCACCACCGAACUCGCCACGACCCCCGUUGGCUUUACUUCUGCCCACAGGCGACGACUCCGAUAGCUCGUUCGCUGACACUGUAAUAUCACCUGAAGACGGCCCUUGGUCCACAUCUCUAUCCCCCACCGCAUACUCGGAUCUCCGGAAUUCUUACAACGACCCCUUGUGCAUUACCCCUAUUCCCCGUCCGCCUCAACAGCUACUCGCAUCUCCCAGCGCGGAUACAUCGGCCGAAUGUCCACCUUCGCCUCUUCACCGACCCUUCCGCUCGAUCCCUUGCCGGACGACUCCUCGCAACGAUCGUCAGAGAUCCUCUCCGUCGCGCCGUCUCUGCUCUCUUCGGCUCCCGCAGAUCCUGAGGGGCUCGGACUCUUCCUCCAGCCUGUAUCGGUGGACCCGCCGCUAGCCCGCUCCCCGUCGCCAGACGACGACGAUCUCCAGUUCCUCGACGUCCAGCUGGACCCAGCGUCAACCAACCUCGAGGUUGACGAGUUCCUCCAGUUGCGUGCCGUCCGCCGCCGUGCGCUGUCUGCUGAACGCGCCGCCCGGAGCGCAGAAGCCGAGCUGGCCGAGCGCGUGAGCGCAGCAGCCAA